UUAAAUAGACAGAAAAGAAAGAGACACCUUCGUUUGCGCGUUUUCUGUAAAUCUCUCUCUCUCUCUCUCUCUCUCUCGGCUGUGUCCAUGGCAUUUCUGCAGAGCGCCUUGAUCCGUGAUUCUCGAUCGGAGGAAGAACAAGAAGCUUCAUCGCCGUCUCUCUCCGCGUAAUAUCCGUCGCCGAUUAUCGCAUCUCUGUUCGAUCCAAAUCGUCUUUUGUACGGUGGUAGAGAACUAGAGACAGCUAGCUAGAGGAAGGUUUUAGUGUGUGUGUGUUUUUUUAAUAAUUUAUUUAAGCUUUGGGAGACAAUGUCAACUAAAGGAGAGCAUCAUACAGUUCCACUUUCGGUUUUGCUAAAGCGUGAAUCUGCAAAUGAGAAGAUAGACAACCCUGAACUUGUACACGGCCAGUUUAACCAGAGCAAGAAAGGAGAGGAUUUCACUUUCGUUAAAACAGAGUGCCAACGGGUUACUGGAGAUGGCGUUACCACCUUCUCUGUCUUCGGGCUUUUUGAUGGACACAAUGGUUCUGCAGCAGCUAUCUACACUAAGGAGAACCUGCUGAACAAUGUACUAGCUGCAAUACCCUCUGACCUCAACAGAGAUGAGUGGGUUGCGGCACUUCCUAGAGCUUUGGUUGCUGGAUUUGUUAAAACUGAUAAAGAUUUCCAGGAAAGAGCAAGAACGUCUGGAACGACUGUAACGUUUGUCAUAGUAGAAGGAUGGGUGGUGAGUGUUGCGUCUGUAGGUGACUCUCGUUGCAUACUUGAGCCUGCGGAGGGUGGUGUCUAUUACUUAUCUGCUGAUCAUCGGCUUGAAAUAAACCAAGAAGAGCGAGAUCGCGUCACUGCAAGUGGUGGUGAAGUUGGUCGGCUAAAUACUGGUGGUGGAACUGAGAUUGGUCCUCUGAGAUGUUGGCCCGGUGGUCUCUGUCUCUCGAGAUCCAUUGGAGAUCUGGAUGUUGGCGAAUACAUUGUUCCAGUUCCUUAUGUGAAGCAAGUCAAGUUAUCUUCAGCUGGUGGUCGACUUAUCAUCUCAAGUGAUGGUGUGUGGGAUGCAAUUAGUGCAGAAGAGGCUCUUGAUUGUUGCCGGGGUUUGCCACCUGAAGCUUCCGCGGAACAUAUUGUUAAAGCAGCUGUGGGGAAAAAAGGUAUUCGUGAUGAUACAACAUGUAUUGUGGUUGAUAUAUUACCAUCAGAAAAACCAGCUGCUUCCGUGCCGCCUCCAAAAAAGCAAGGAAAGGGAAUGUUAAAGUCCAUGUUCAAAAGAAAAUCUUCAGACUCCUCUUCUAAUAUUGAGAAAGAGUAUGCAGAACCUGAUGUAGUUGAAGAGCUCUUUGAAGAGGGGUCUGCUAUGCUUUCAGAGAGAUUAGACACGAAGUAUCCACUUUGCAAUAUGUUUAAGUUGUUCAUGUGUGCUGUGUGUCAAGUAGAAGUGAAACCUGGAGAGGGUGUCUCGAUCCAUGCUGGAUCGGCUAAUUUCCCAAAGCUUCGUCCAUGGGAUGGUCCAUUCCUAUGCGCAAGUUGCCAAGAGAAGAAAGACGCAAUGGAAGGGAAACGAUCAUCGGGAGAUAGACAUAGCAGUGAGAGCGACUAGCCAACAGAUUCCACAACUUACAAUUUAUUUGGUCAAUCUACUAACAAAAACAGUAUUGUGAGGUAAUAUGGAGCGGCCUUAUGGAUCUUAUGGUUGUUAAUUUUCACCCAGAGAUAUGAGUUCGUUGAUCAACCCACCACCAUUCUCCAGCAAACUCCAAAGCAGUUUAUUUUUAAUUCUGAUAUGGCUCUCACUUCACACCCUCGUGAAAGUUCUUUUCUUUUCUUCUUUCAUUUGUGAUGCUUUGGUGUUUCAUGAGUAGAACUAACUGCCGAGAGAUGGUAGGUACAGAAAGAUAUGCGAGUCUGUGAAAUUAUUUCAUGUAUAAGACCAAUGAACAUAUUUCUGGAUAGAAGCAUCAUUUUCAU